UUAAAUAUAAAAAUAAACUGAGCAGAAAAAUUCAAGAUGGCGCGUGGUCAUCAAAAGAUUCAGUCUCAACAAAAAAAUCAGCAAAAGAAGGAUAAAAUGGCGAAAGGUAAAGGUUGCAGCCAGAAAGCUGCUGCAAAGGCUGCCCUUAUUCAUCAAUGUCCUGUUUGUAAGUCACAGAUGCCAGAUCCGAAGACAUUUAAGCAACAUUUUGAAUCGAAACACCCGAAGAGUCCCCUACCUGAAGAAUUGAAGGAUAUUUAAAAUGAAGCGACCAAAUUUGAAGCCGUUUGUACAUAAAUAAAAACCAUUGAACAUGUUUUAAAAACUCGUAGCCGAGAACAGAUUUGAAUUUUUUAUAGCACAAUUCUGUUUAUUAGUAAUUCUCUCUGGUUCGUUGUAGGAGAAUUUAUCGACAUUUUUCUUAGAAUUAUGGCAAGGGAGAUUAAUGAUGUACUAUUGGACUUUGAUAUCUUUUGGAAUAGUACUGCUACAAAACCAUAACGACAUGCUGAUCAAAAAUCGUUUCUCUUUUCAGUUGUUAUUUUAUCCUUUAUGAGUUUCACCAUGUUGAUGACCAAUCUUUGUUUGCAGAUUCUCGCAUACUGUACAUUUUCUUAGUUUCAGUGAAAGUCUUAUUAUAAUCAGGCAUGGGUUUUAAUUUGGACCCCUAGUUCAUUUCUUCAACUAUAAAAUUGGUUAAAAUUCGUAGCCGAACGCUGAACUUAAUUUUCGAUUGCGUAAUUAUAUUAUGUUUUUCUGUGCAUAGAUGAAAACUAUUGAACACGUUUUAAAAACUCGUAGAUGAGCAUAGAUUUGAAUUUCUCAUGGCACAUUUAUAUGUAAACAUUUUUGGACAUUUUAUGGUGUUUACUCAGAAUUAUGACAAGGGAGAUUGAAUAUGCAAUAUUGGACAAUAUAUAGAAUUCAUAGCUUUCGGAAAAGUACUGCAACAAAAUCAAUUACUACAUGUUAAUCAAAAAUCGUUUUUUUUUCCGCCUAUAUUUGCAGAUGCUCGCAUGCUGUAGCCUAUAACUUCUUCUAAUUUCAGUAAAAAUCUUAUUAUUAUCUGCUAUAGGUUUUAAUUUUGACCCCCAGUCCAGUUAUGGAAAUUUUUACAGAGUUAUGAUAAAGGAGUUCAAAUAAGCACUAUCAGACGUAUCAUUUUAUAUCAUUAAGAAGAAUACUGUUCCUGAUGAACAUGGUUUAAAACAAUGAAAAACGCUGAUUUGAAUUUUUCAUAGCACAAAUAUAUUUGAUGUUCUUCUGGGGUUACAAUGGGUGUCCACAGAAUUAUGUGGAGGAAGUUUCAGAAUAUUUUAUUGCACCAUGAUUUUGAUAUCGCGGGAAAAGUCACCAUUAGCCAUGGAAUUGAAAAAUGUGGUGAUAAAUUAUUGUUUUUUCCUCUUUUAAGAGG